AUGGGUGCAAGUGAACAACAUGAAAUACUGUUCGAGAAGCUACUGUUCUGCCCACGGCCCACACACGUGGUUGUGAUGUUCCACUCGGCUGCGUACGCGACCACAACACUGUUUGAGAGACACUUGACUUACGAGAGGUUUGAGAAGUCGCUGGUGUCCAAAUAUUUCUUCUACAGCCUCGUGUACGCCACCAAUUUAGUUGUGUAUUUUACUUGGCUAAAGGGAGCGUUGUACGACGGUUUCCUGGACGUGUGGUACGCCACUGUGAACGUGACCACGCCGUGGGCGGCCUACGAGCUGCCCACCCCCAACAUCUCCGAGUACUUGACGUUCGUGGUCCGGCGUGCACUCACCUCCAACUGUGCACCAUUCGCCUGUUUCCAUGAGGGUGUCAUUGUGUUCAUUGUGACGCUGCUGUUCAGAGAAGUUAUUGUUAGGACGAUAGACAUUGUAAAAAGAAAUACGCAUAAGAAAGUUGAAACGCAGAACGAGAUGACGACGUGCGAGAGGGAGCGCCGCCUGCAGCCGGUGACGGAGCGGCAGCUGGUGGGCCGCUUCAACGCGCUGUUCGUGCAGCUGGCGCUGGUGACGCUGUUCGCGCCGCUGUGCCCGCUGGCGCCGCUGCUCGCCCUAGUGGGCAACGCUGCCGACAUGAGGAACCAAGCAAGUACGUACGUAAUGCACAGCCGGCGAGCGGUGCUGUUCCGCAGUGCCGGCAUCGGCUACUGGAACCACAUCCUGAAGCUCAUCUGCUACGCGACGCCGCUGUUCCACGUGAGUCCUCUACGCCAGUGGUUCCCGAUCACUGACUGA